UUUUUUUUUUUUUUUUUUGAGACAGAGUCUUGCUCUGUCCCCCAGGCUGGAGUGCAGUGGCGCAAUCUGUGCUCACUCCAACCUCUGCCUCCCGGGUUCAAGCAAUUCUCCUGCCUCAGCCUCCUGAGUAGCUGGAAUUACAGGUGCCUGUCACCACGCCCAGCUAAUUUUUGAAUUUUUCGUAGAGACAGAGUUUCACCAUAUUGGCCAGGCUGGUCUCGACCUCUUGACCUUGUGAUUUGCCCGCCUUGGCCUCCCAAAGUGCUGGGAUUAUAGUCAUGAGCCACCGCGCCCGGCCAAUGAUAAUAAUAUUUGAUACGUGUUGAGCAGUUGCUCUUACAGGCUCUUUUGGGAGGACUUUAUGUGGAUUAACUCACUGAACCCUCCAAUAGCCUUAGAGGUAUGUGCAGUUAUUAUCUCUAAUAUACAGAUGAGGAAACAGAGGUGAAGAAAGGGAACGUGACUUGGUGACUUGCCCAAGGUCUCACAGCAGGUGACACAGCCAGGGCUGAAAAGCUGGCAUUUGGUUCCUGAGGCUGCCUUGCCUCCCGCACCCACUCUCCUGCCUCUGUUAGUGUGGCGUAUUUCUUUCGGAUUUCUUUUCUCUGUGCAUGUGACAUUUAAACACAUACCUCCUCGUGCCCUGAAGUCUAAGACAGUAUGCCCUAUAAGGUCCAUUAUUGAUCAUGUAACUGCUUUUCUGAAAAGAAUGCGAUAGGUGAGUUUUAUCCAUGGAUUGCGAGGUACAUGCCAAUCUCAAUGACGUCAGCAUGUGAAACAGUACGCAUAUUGUAGAAUUGAGGUGAUAGGGCAUGUGUGUGUGUGUUUCAGAAAAGGCAUCCCGCCUGAGUUCUGUCGUGCCGCGAGCCUUCGUUAGCGAAUGCUGAUGGUCUCAGUGUCGGCACAGCGGGGCUGGUUUCUGUGUUUCUGUGCUCAAGAUGGCUUGUUGCGUUGUGUGGCCAGACCCUUUCCACGCGCUGGGUACUGUGCUGAGCCCUUCCCUGCAUUAGCCUGUGAUGAAAGCACUGCUGUCUGUCCUUGCAAGGACAGGAGGAAACGGAGGCUUGGGAGUCUAGAAAGUGGGCAAGCGAGGAUCCCAGUCCAGAUCUGCCUAACUCUCAAGGCUGUGUGGCACAGUGUCGUGGGGGAGCCGGGCCGCUUGUAGUUCCUGAGAUGAGGUCAUAGGGCAAGUCAUUUCACUUCUGUGCCUCAGUUUCUUUGUUAUCAUAGAAACAGUAGGAGUGUCUGCCUCAGAGGGUUGCUGUGAGGGUUAUAUUGGUGUGUGCAAAGCACUCAAAUGGGCCUGGCACGUGGUAUGGGCUAUGUGAGCCUUGUUCUUUUUAGUAGAGUCAUGGUAUUAACCAAUAUAUAGCGCCAGACCCCGUUGUGAGCUUUUAGAUUGUUGCCGGGUUUCCCUAUUUCAGCAGUACAUACUCAGGACAGCGGUCGUCAGCUGGUGGUGGUUUUGUACCCCAGGAGACAUUUGGUAAUGACUGAAGACAUGUUUGAUUGUCAUAACCAGGGGAGGGUGUUCUGUUGGCUUUAGUGAGUAGAGACCCAGGAUGCUGACAAACCUCUUCAGGGUGCAGGAGAGUCCCCACCUCAGGGAUUCUCUAUCCCCAAAUGUCACUAGUGUUGAGGCUGAGAAUUCCCACCUUAGAACCUCUGUUCCCUGGCACUAGCAUUUUCUGCAGGAGAAAUUCAUCCAAGCACAUGUACAUUUUCCACUUUAUCAGUUUUACCAGAAUGCUCUCACAAGACGCUGGGACCAGUUUAUAGAGUGGUGAAUGGCUGGUGGCAGAUGAGGGAGUUGGUUCCCUCCCGUCUUGCCCCAAGUGACUUUCUCCUGAGUUCACACAAGCAGAUGCUGCCUGUUACACCACUAGUUCCUGUUGUCUUUGGCUUUUUUGGUAUUUUUUUUUUGAGACAGGGUCUGGCUUUGUCACCCAGGCUGGAGUGCAGUGGCACAAUCUCAGCUCACUGCAACCUCUACCUCCCAGGCUCAGGUCAACCUCCCACCUCAGCUUCUCAGGUACCUGAGACUACAUGUGCACACUACCACACCUGACUACUAUAUAUAUAUAUAUGUGUAUGUAUAUAUAUGUGUGUGUAUAUAUAUGUGUGUGUGUGUGUGUGUGUGUAUAUAUGUGUGUGUAUAUAUAUAUGUAUAUGUAUUUUUUUUUUUGGUAGACACAGGGUUUCACCAUGUUGCUCAGGCUGGUCUCAAGCUCCUGGGCUCAGAGGAUCCUCUUGCCUUGGCCUCCCAAAGUGCUGGGAUUACAGGUGUGAGUCACUGUGCCGGGCCAGCUUUUUUUUUUUUGUCUGUUUUUUGAGACACAGUUUUGCCUUGUCUCCCAGGCUGGAGUGUGGUGGUGCAGUCAUAGCUCACUGCAGCCUCAGCCUCUUGGGCUCAAGCAAUCCUCCUGGCUCAGCCUCCCAAGUAGCUGGGAUUACAGGUGUGCGCCACCACACCUGGCUAAUUUUUGUAUUUUUUGUAGAGAUAAGGUCUUGCUAUGUUACCAAGGUUGGUCUUGAACUCCUGGUCUUAAGAGAUCCUCUUGCCUCAGCCUUCCAAAGUGCUGGGAUUACAUGUGUGAGCCACCACGUCCAGCUUCCUGUUGUCUUUGAAUUUAUCUCCUGAGCAAGUCUUCCUCGGGGUGCUGUGGAAAGGCACAGAUCUGAGUGCAGACGACAGAGGCUUCUGAGGGGGUCGCUGCCACCUCCCCAGUGAGCCUCCACAACACCAGGAGGGAGCCCCACCCACCAGCUCCAGCUCCAAGAGACGCAGAGCUGCUUCUCCACCUGCCUCCCUAGCCCAUCUGUGCAGUCUGGCAUCAAAACCAGUUUUCCACAGUAUUUGAACCAUUUUGCAACUCCCACCAAUAGCGAGUAAGGGUUCUGGUUCCUCUACAUCCGUGUCAGCACUUGGCCUUGUCAGUUUUUAAAAUUCGAGCCAUCCCAGGCUGGAGUGCAAUGGCGCGAUCUUGGCUCACCGCAACCUCCACCUCCUGGGUUCAAGCGAUUCUCCUGCCUCAGCCUCCCAGCUGUGCUGAUUCCUUAGUUGCUGAGAUGAGAUUGUAAAAAGCAGCUCUGUUAAUCCCAGCAGCGGCCAGGGCCUCCGCUGCUUCUCGGCUGGGAGACCCAAGACUGUGCCCUGUCCACGGCGCCUCCUGCAUGUCCUGCUGCCCUGAGCUGUCCCGAGCUAGGUGACAGCGUACCACGCUGCCACCAUGAACGAGGUGUCUGUCAUCAAAGAAGGCUGGCUCCACAAGCGUGGUGAAUACAUCAAGACCUGGAGGCCACGGUACUUCCUGCUGAAGAGCGACGGCUCCUUCAUUGGGUACAAGGAGAGGCCCGAGGCCCCUGAUCAGACCCUACCCCCCUUAAACAACUUCUCUGUAGCAGAAUGCCAGCUGAUGAAGACCGAGAGGCCGCGACCCAACACCUUUGUCAUACGCUGCCUGCAGUGGACCACAGUCAUCGAGAGGACCUUCCAUGUGGAUUCUCCAGAUGAGAGGGAGGAGUGGAUGCGGGCCAUCCAGAUGGUCGCCAACAGCCUCAAGCAGCGGGCCCCAGGCGAGGACCCCAUGGACUACAAGUGUGGCUCCCCCAGUGACUCCUCCGUGGCUGAGGAGAUGGAAGUGGCGGUCAGCAAGGCACGGGCUAAAGUGACCAUGAAUGACUUCGACUAUCUCAAACUCCUUGGCAAGGGAACCUUUGGCAAAGUCAUCCUGGUGCGGGAGAAGGCCACUGGCCGCUACUACGCCAUGAAGAUCCUGCGGAAGGAAGUCAUCAUUGCCAAGGACGAAGUCGCUCACACAGUCACCGAGAGCCGGGUCCUCCAGAACACCAGGCACCCGUUCCUCACUGCGCUGAAGUACGCCUUCCAGACCCACGACCGCCUGUGCUUCGUGAUGGAGUACGCCAACGGGGGUGAGCUGUUCUUCCACCUGUCCCGGGAGCGUGUCUUCACAGAGGAGCGGGCCCGGUUUUAUGGUGCAGAGAUCGUCUCAGCUCUUGAGUACUUGCACUCGCGGGACGUGGUAUACCGCGACAUCAAGCUGGAAAACCUCAUGCUGGACAAAGAUGGCCACAUCAAGAUCACUGACUUUGGCCUCUGCAAAGAAGGCAUCAGUGACGGGGCCACCAUGAAAACCUUCUGUGGGACCCCGGAGUACCUGGCGCCUGAGGUGCUGGAGGACAAUGACUAUGGCCGGGCCGUGGACUGGUGGGGGCUGGGCGUGGUCAUGUACGAGAUGAUGUGCGGCCGCCUGCCCUUCUACAACCAGGACCAUGAGCGCCUCUUCGAGCUCAUCCUCAUGGAAGAGAUCCGCUUCCCGCGCACGCUCAGCCCCGAGGCCAAAUCCCUGCUUGCCGGGCUGCUUAAGAAGGACCCCAAGCAGAGGCUUGGUGGGGGGCCCAGCGAUGCCAAGGAGGUCAUGGAGCACAGGUUCUUCCUCAGCAUCAACUGGCAGGACGUGGUCCAGAAGAAGCUCCUGCCACCCUUCAAACCUCAGGUCACGUCCGAGGUCGACACAAGGUACUUCGAUGAUGAAUUCACCGCCCAGUCCAUCACAAUCACACCCCCUGACCGCUAUGACAGUCUGGGCUUACUGGAGCUGGACCAGCGGACCCACUUCCCCCAGUUCUCCUACUCGGCCAGCAUCCGCGAGUGAGCAGUCUGCCCACGCAGAGGAUGCACGCACGCUGCCAUCACCUCCGAGUGGUUUUUUCCCCCUAACUUUUUACUUUGUCUUUUUGGUUUGCGUCCCCACCCCCACCUCCUCAUCCUCUUUCCAGUUCUUCUUCAGGCCCCUCCCAGAUGCACCCCAGCAGCCCCUGCAGCCCCUGCCCCCAGCCUCACCUUUGUGCCCAGACUUGCAUUUGGGAGACUCCACCUCCCGCCCAGGCCUGGGCUGUUGGGCGGUUGGAGAUUCAGGUUUUAAUCCACACAAGCCCCAGUGAGGGGUGAAGCAAGGUGCCUGGGGCCUGCCUGAGUUUCUGGCCCGGGUGUCGUGCUGGUGUCUGCCUCCGUGCUGCUGCUUCUGGACGAAGGCUGCCUUCUGGUGGGACGCGACACCCGGCAGACAGUGGUGCUGCCUUCCAGGCCCCGUGGCCUAGGCUCGGAGUGGCCAGGCACGGGGCGGUCCAAUCCCCCACCCGCUGUUGCCCCAUGGGGGCAGAAAAGCAAUAAUGUCCAGGGGCAGGCAGGGGCCCUUGGGAGCUGCAGGGUGGGGGGUUAGGGCUGCUCCCUGGUGAAUGGAGCCAGAUCCUAGGAUCUGUACCAUGGGGAACCAGGAGUGGCCGGGCUGGGCACCGCCUCCUGGUCCUGCCUCCUCCCCACCAAACUGUCCUCACCCUAUGGAUGAGGCAGGAGGAACAUUUGGGGGCAAACCUGCCUGCCUCCCAGCCCCGUGCCUUACUAGGGCUUCCUUCCAGCUGGCCUUACCUCCCGCUGGACCCUGGGCCUGGCCUGGCCCCACUGGGGGACUGUGGGCUGGGCUCACCCUCUUCUCUGCGGGAGUGGAGGGGCACCAGCCUCGGCUGUUACAAUCUUACACCGGACAGUAUUGGGCCCCAUGGACUUGGUCAGGGAGGGGUGGGGGUGGGCAUCUCUGGUACCUGUUGGGGUGGGGGGCCUCUGAGAAGGGAGGCUCCUAGGCCCCCCUCACCCCUCCCUCUCCCCAGGGCCCCACGUUCUGCAGCCUUAAGGUUGAACAUGAGCGCACGUCCAUGUCAGUGCUGUGGGACUCCUGUGCGUGCCUCGGACUGCGUGUGUCGGCGGGACGCAGGCACACGUGGGUGUGGGUGUGUGUGCAUGUGUGUUUGUGUGAGGGCAGCGUGUCCUCCAGUGUGCAUGGUGUGUGGGCCUGGGCCCCAUCCCUGGCCCGAGCAUUUCAUCCUGUGGGGGAGGGGUGCUGACCUAGUGGGAGGAGCCCCGCCGUGAUCCAUGAGCUGCCCUGCCCACGCCUCCCCUCCCUACAGCAAUAACUCUGGGUAUUUGGAGUUUAGCUUUUGUGGGUUUGCUCUCCCUACCCCAUCUCCUGUACUAUGCAGUUCAUGGCAGGGUGGGGAGGGGUGGGGUUGGUUCGGGUGGGUGAGGGUCUUUUUCCUCUGUGUGCGAUGUUAUCUGACAGUUCUCCUCCGUCCCUACUGGCCUUUCUCCUCGUCUUCAUAUUUGUACGGUACAAGCAAUAAAGACACUCAUUUCAGA